ACUUGCCACUCACAACAUGGCGGCCACGAACCGCCGUUCCGGGAGCGCAGCGUGAUGCCGGAAGUGAUGCUUCCACACAUUUCCGCUUUCUUUCUGCAGGAGGAACAGUUGGCUGCUGGGUCGGGGGGCGCGGUGGAUAUUGACCUUUGCCCCAGCCUCGUCGCGAGGGCACAGCGCAUCUCCCAGCAGCCUCCUUCCUCUGACAGAACCCGUUUCCGGCUUCCGAGGCUCCAGCGAGAUGUUACUAGUGCUGCUGCUGCUGCCCAUGUGUUGGGCCGUGGAGGUCAAGCGACCCCGGGGCGUCUCCCUCACCAACCAUCACUUCUACGACGAGUCCAAGCCUUUCACUUGCCUGGAUGGCUCUGCCAGUGUCCCUUUUGAUCAGGUCAAUGACGACUACUGUGACUGCAAGGAUGGCUCAGAUGAACCAGGCACAGCCGCCUGUCCCAACGGCAGCUUCCACUGCACCAACACUGGCUACAAGCCCCUGUACAUCUCCUCCAGAUGGGUCAACGAUGGAGUUUGUGACUGCUGCGACGGGACAGACGAAUACAACAGUGGGAUCGUCUGUGAGAACACCUGCAAAGAGAAGGGUCGUAAGGAGAGAGAGACUCUACAGCAGAUGGCGGAGGUGACCCGCGAGGGGUUCCGCCUGAAGAAGAUCCUAAUUGAGGACUGGAAGAAGGCCCGAGAGGAGAAGCAGAAAAAGCUCAUUGAGCUGCAGGCUGGAAAGAAGUCACUGGAGGACCAGGUGGAGUUGCUGCGGACACUGAAGGAAGAAGCUGAGAAGCCAGAGAAGGAGGCCAAGGACCAGCACCGGAAGCUGUGGGAAGAGCAGCUGGCCGCCUCCAAGGCCCAGCGGGAGCAGGAGCUGGCGACCAGUGCCUUCCAGGAGCUGGACGAUGACAUGGACGGGGCGGUCUCCGUGGCCGAGCUGCAGACCCACCCGGAGCUGGACACAGAUGGCGACGGGGCAUUGUCAGAAGGGGAAGCCCAGACCCUCCUCGGGGGAGACACGCAGACAGAUGCUGCUUCCUUCUCUGACCGCAUCUGGGCUGCCAUCCGGGACAAGUACCGGUCCGAGGUGCUGCCCACCGACCCGCCGUCGCCUUCUGCACCCGACUUGACGGAGCCCAAGGAGGAGCAGCCCCCGGUGCCCUCACAGCCCACAGAGGAGGAGGACGAGGAAGAAGAGGAGACAGAGGAGGAGGAGGAGGGGGAGGAGGGGGAGGAAGAGGAUUCCCAGGUGCAGGGGGAGCAGCCCAAGGAGACCCCAUCCCCAGUCGUGCCCCCCCAGACAGCCAGCCCCACAGAGGAGGACAAAAUGCCGCCCUACGAUGAGCAGACACAGGCCUUCAUCAACGCUGCCCAGGAGGCCCGCAACAAGUUUGAAGAGGCCGAGCGGUCGCUGAAGGAUGUGGAGGAGUCCAUCAGGAACCUGGAGCAGGAGAUUUCCUUUGAUUUUGGUCCCAACGGCGAGUUUGCCUACCUGUACAGCCAGUGCUACGAGCUCACCACCAAUGAGUACGUCUACCGGCUCUGCCCCUUCAAGCUCGUCUCGCAGAAACCCAAACUCGGUGGCUCCCCCACCAGCCUCGGCACCUGGGGCUCGUGGGCCGGCCCCGACCACGACAAGUUCAGCGCCAUGAAGUAUGAGCAGGGCACGGGCUGCUGGCAGGGACCCAACCGCUCCACCACUGUGCGCCUGCUGUGUGGGAAGGAGACAGUGGUGACUAGCACCACGGAGCCCAGCCGCUGCGAGUACCUCAUGGAGCUGAUGACACCGGCCGCCUGCCCAGAGCCACCACCGGAACCGCCCGCUGAGGGCAACCAUGAUGAGCUCUAGCCCUGUCCUGCCCCGCCCGGCCCGGCCCAGAGGUGGGUGGGGAGGUGAGACCCCUACCGCCUCGGCUGGGGGAUGCAGGGGGUGGUCUAGGUCGCACUGAUGCUCCCCCACCCAUCUCCCUCCGUCUCUGUCUCAUUUGGUUUUUCUGCGGCCCCAGAACCUCAAGACGUGGAACCAGCCCCCAGCGGUGCUGCCCGCCUGCCCCUCAGUCUGUAGACCAAGACUUGCCCCUCUGGGUCUCCUUGCCCUCCCCAGCGGGCAGGAACUGGGUGGGGCUCCACGCCCUUGCUCUGGGGGCAGGCGGGGCAGAGCCACGUUCCCCCGGCCCCGGGUGCCUCCAGAGGUGGAAUAAAGGAGUCUGCCCUCCCUGGGCCCCCCACCCUGGUGGCCCCCCCCACCCAGGGCAUCUGCCUCCCCUCCUGGUGUGGAAGAGUUACUUGACCUGUGACCUCUAAACAAUAAACGUGAUCUCCCCAACUCA